AUGAGGGCACUGGCAGCCAGGGUUGACAGCCGCGGCGGAGACUUGAUUUGGAGCCGAAGCGGCGGCAAGGGCAGGGUUGGCGUAAGCGGCUUCAGGGUUGGGAGGGGCAGCGAUGGCAGGGUUGGCGUAAGCGGCUUCAGGGUUGGGAGGGGCGGCGAUGGCGGGGGCGUUAUUUUGGAAUUUCUUCUUGUACUAUUAAGUGAUAAUACGUUUGGGGGCGUAGCCGUCGCCCCAGCCCAACAGCGCGGGCCCGCCGUAAUCAAUGACCGAGGACUGCCAAAAGAUGGCGUAGGUCCAGCUCUCGCGGGCGCCCUCGAUCAAAGUGAGGAGGUGCCGCUGGAGGGUUUCCUGGCUGAAGAAUGUCGGCUGCGUCUGGUGGUGGUCUCCGCCGGCGGAGGAGGAGGGCCAGAGGGAGGCUAG